AUGUGCCACCAGAACCUCAUAUUCUACCGGUGCAAGUCCGCCGACUGCGCGUUCAAGUGGUUCAACGGCCCGGAAAAGCCCAGGCCCUGCGACGAGGUUCGCGACAAGUUUCCGCAGAGGCCCGAGAAUCGCAUCGGCUUCUGCGACGGGGGCCUCGAAGUGACCGAGCUCAACUUUGACAGCGCAAACAUGUGCGAGGCGUGCCAGCGGAGGGAGGCGUUCAAGGCGACGCGGCGAAAGCGGAAGGAAUCGAAGAAGUAG